AUGUGUAGAACAAAGCGAGAAGUUCUUAUCAUUUUACAACCGAAGAAGGACGGCUUCAGUUUCAAGACAUCUAUUUGCAAUGGAAAAAAUGGUGGUUUAUUGCCUAUUUUUGGAACAUGUGAUCGGUAUUACGUUUGCAAUGAUGGAAACGCUGUAGUAGGAACGUGCGAAGAAAACAAGCGUUUCGAUCCAAACACACUACGUUGUGAUGAUGCUGAUAAUGUCGAAUGUCUUUUCGAGACUGCGUCAAAUAAUGAUAAUGAUGAGGGAGCCAUUAUAGACGACUUGGGCUCUGAAAGUUCAGAGGAGGAGCGGAAAGUCCUGUCAGCUAUACGACCUACUGCAAGGCCAACAGUUAUGCCAAGUAAACAAAAUAACCCUGGAACCGAGCUAAAGAAACCAGAAGGACCACCUAUUAUUGACGAGUCAAGCUCAGAGGAGGAGGAAAAGAAGGUUCUGUCAUUUAUACGACCAACUGCGGGGCCAACAGUUAAGCCAGAUAAGCAAAAGAAUCCUGGAACCGAGCUAAAGAAACCAGUAGGACCACCUAUUAUUGACGAGUCAAGCUCAGAGGAGGAGGAAAAGAAGGUUCUGUCAUUUAUACGACCAACUGCGGGGCCAACAGUUAAGCCAGAUAAGCAAAAGAAUCCUGGAACCGAGCUAAAGAAACCAGUAGGACCACCUAUUAUUGACGAGUCAAGCUCAGAGGAGGAGGAAAAUAAGGUUCUGUCAUUUAUACGACCAACUGCGGGGCCAACAGUUAAGCCAGAUAAGCAAAAGAAUCCUGGAACCGAGCUAAAGAAACCAGUAGGACCACCUAUUAUUGACGACUCAAGCUCAGAGGAGGAGGAGGAGGAGCAGGAACAGGAACAGGAACAGGAACUACCAGCUUUACGACCAACUGCAAGGCCAACAAUUAAGCCUAAUAAGCAAAAGAACCCUGGAACCGAGCUAAAGAGCCCCACAGAGGCAUCAAUUAUCGACGACUCGGACUACGAAAGUUCUGAAGAAGAGCAGGAGGAGGAACCAUUGGGUGUACCACCAACUGCAAGACCAACGAAUAAGCCAACCAAGCAAAAGAAUCCUGGCACCGAGCUAAAUAAGCCCGAGAGCGGCAAAAAGGAUAUUAAAGAUAUUACCAAAACCUUAUGUGUGGGAGAAAAGAAUGGAUCCAAGUGGCCCAAGAUAGAUUCCUGCAGUGAAUUUUAUGUUUGCAAGGCAAAGCAGGCCCAGCUACGUCAGUGUCCAGACGACCAACAUUUCAGUGCAACUAAUCGCACAUGCAUGUUGGCAGAAGAAGCUGAAUGCUCUUUGAAUCUGGAGAAUGAAAAAUCAAAACCGGCCGAAACUGCAGGCUUCUGUUCUGAGGAGAAGGAAGAGGCUCUGGUUCCCCAUCGUAACGACUGCAGCAAAUUCCUGUUGUGCAGCAAUAUGUUGUUUUUGGUGAUGGACUGCCCCAUAGGCUUGCACUUUAAUGCUGAGCUGAAACGUUGUGACUAUCCCAAAAUGGCCAAGUGUGAAAAACCGAAAACGGAGAAAAAACAGAAAAAACAAAAACAAAUUAAAAAGGGAAGACAAUAA